AGCUGAAAAGACUCACGCAGCCCAGCCAGGAGACGUCAAAUUGCCGUGGAAAUUACACAACACUCGCAGACUCGUCCUCUGAAGAGAUGGCCUCCAAUUCAUCCAUUAUCCCACUGCUUCUUCCAGAAGAUGAGCUAUUGUGCGCUAUCUGCCAGACGCUCCUGAAGAAUCCUGUGACUAUACCAUGUGGGCACAACUUUUGCAUGACCUGCAUCAGCAAACACUGGAAAUUUGCCUGUUCAUCCAUUUUCUGCCCCUACUGCCACAGAAAAUUCCCCUCAAAGCCGGUCCUAAAGACCAACACUGUUCUCUGUGCAAUCAUGGAGUAUGUUGGGAAGGUGUUUCCAACGUCUGAGAUUGUCUUGGUUCCAGAUGAAAAACCUAUCUGUAACAUCUGUGAGGAGGGAAGGGAGCUAUCAGCAGUCAAGACCUGUGUGACAUGCCUGGCUAGCUUUUGCAGUGUGCACGCCACACCCCAUACGACUAGCCAAGCGCUAGCCAAACACUGCCUGUGCACACCGGUUUCAGACAUCAAGGAUCUGCUGUGUAAGAAGCACAGCAAAGUGCUUGAGGUGUUCUGCAUGAACCAUGGGGCUGCCAUCUGUUGGCAGUGUACAGCAAAGCACCCCAAGUGCAACAUGUGCUCAGUGGAAGAAAUGAGGACAGACUGGAAGGCUGCACUCGAGCCAGUGGCAACAGAAGCUCAGGACAGAAAGAAGGCCACUAGUGAACUCUUGGAAGCUCUGAAUACUAUGUCAGAGGGUAUAAAGAAUGCUGCAGUAAAGAUGACUGAAGAUAUGCAGCUCUGCUUUGAAGCACUGAUGAACACCAUUAACCAUGCCCAGGACAGAGCCAUAUCCUUUAUAGAAGCAGAGAAGAUGGAGGCUCUCCAAAAAACAGAAAAGCAGAAGGAACGGUUGGAUGAUCAUUUGCUUUCCACAUCACUGCUCAUGGAUAAGAUUGAUGAGUGCAUAAACAAUGAUUCGUACUUCAACUUUCUUCUGCCUCUACCACUACUGCCUGCAGAGGUUGGUCAACUGCAGGAUGUUCAACUGGAUGGUCAAGCUGUGGAGAGGAUGAUAUUAGAUAUUCAACAACUUAACAGUAGUCUGGAAUCUCAGCUCAGCACCAUGCUGCAGAGAAGAGAGGAAAUAUGAGAGAAAGGCAAGGCAACUGUAGGGUCCUGAACAAUUAAUCUAGUUCAAGCAUGCAGCUAGAUGG